AUGGGAUAUGAGUUUGAUAUAUAUUAUAGAACGGGUGCUUCAAACAGGGUGGCAGACAGAUUGUCUAGGAAAGGAGAAGAAGGGAAAGACGGGGACAAGACGUUACAAGUGAUAACCAGGCCAUAUUGGCCUGAUUUUCAAGAGAUAAUAAAGGAAGUGGAGAAGGAUGAAGGGCUGAAAAAGAUAAUUGAAGAGAUAAAGAAUGAUCCCGAUUCCCAUCCUGCUUACACAAUGGAGAACGAGAUGUUACAUUUUAAGGGAAGACUCGUGCUUUCAGAAAAGUCUGGAUGGAUACCAAAGAUUUUAGCAGAAUUCCAUGAUUCUACUACAGGGGGACAUUCGGGGGUUGAGCAAAUAUGGGCACUUUAUUCCCAUAAAACAUCCUUAUACAAUAAAGAACAACCUAAGGCUUGGAACACAGUGUUACCAUGGGCUGAAUAUUGGUAUAAUACCAGUUAUCAGGGGACGGCAAAAUGCACUCCUUUUGAAACAAUUUAUGGCAGACCCCCGCCAACAUUAACCAGAUUUAUUCCAGGAGAAACAUUGGUAGAAGUGGUGGCACAGGACUUGCAGACGUGGGAUGAAGCUAUCAAUCAGCUGCAACAUUACCUGACUAGAGCACAAGAGCGGAUGGUGCAGUAUGCGAAUAGAAAGAGGAAGGAGUCCAUUAUAAAAGAAGGGGAUUGG